GCACGGAGAACCGAGGCUGUCUGACAGUUUGACUGAACUGGACCAAUAACAUCUUCAAAAAUGGUUGAUGCUUUCUGUGCAACAUGGAAACUGGUGGACAGCCAGAACUUUGAUGAAUACAUGAAGGCACUUGGUGUUAGUUUUGCCACAAGACAAGUGGGCAACGUCACCAAACCCACAGUAGUGAUCAGCCAGGAUGGGGACAAAGUGGUGGUGAAAACCACGAGCACCUUCAAGAACACUGAGAUCUCCUCCAAACUCGGAGAGGAGUUUGACGAGGUCACACCUGAUGACCGACACGUCAAAUCCACCUUCACCAUGGAGGGAGACAAACUUGUGCAGGUGCAGAAGUGGGACGGCAAGGAGACCAAAUUUGUCAGAGAAAUCAAGGAUGGGAAGAUGGUGGCGACUUUAUCUUUUGAAGGAGUCGAGGCGGUCCGCACAUACGAGAAAGCCUAACUUUCCCCACUUGAAUGAGCAAAUCAUCCCUGCACUGCAAAAUCAACAAGGUGUUCUCCUUUUUUAACAUCUUUUUUUUUUUUUUUUUUUUUACAAUAAUUUGCACUUGAUUUGCUUUUGUAACAUGAGAUAAAUAUUUUGGGAAAUCUUUUAUAAGAUCUUUUGUAAGAAAUUCAGACUGUGAAGGGCCUAAAACUGUUUCAUCACAUGUGAAAAAAAAAGGGAAAAAUAAACUGACUUGACUAAA